CGUGCAGACGUACAGACGAAUUUCUGGCAGAUACACGUAGCGACGACAAUGCCGAAUCUUGGAGACGUAUUCCCGGACUUUGAAGCAGAAACAUCAAAAGGGAAAAUCCAGUUUCACCAGGCUAUCGAAGGAUCAUGGGCUAUAUUAUUCUCCCACCCAGCAGACUACACACCAGUCUGUACAACAGAACUAGCACGUGUUGUGAAGCUGAUGGACAAAUUCAAAGAGAGGAACUGCAAGGUUUUUGCCCUUUCUUGUGAUGGAGUUGAAAGUCACAUUGGAUGGUCUAAGGAUGUUAUGGAUUAUGCAGGGGAGAAAGGUGAUCUUCCAUAUCCAAUCAUUGCCGAUGAAAAGCGCAAUCUUGCUGUAAAACUUGGUAUGGUUGAUCCUGAUGAAAAAGAUGCCAAAGGCCUUCCACUCACCUGCCGGGCUGUGUUUAUUAUUGGGCCCGACAAGCGGCUAAAACUUUCCAUCCUCUAUCCUGCUACCACAGGCCGUAACUUUGAUGAAAUUCUCCGUGUACUGGAUUCUCUUCAGCUGACCGCACGAAACAAAGUGGCAACUCCAGUGGACUGGCAGACUGGAGAUAAGUGCAUGGUGCUACCUUCUGUUCCCGAGGAAGAGGCCAAGACACUGUUUCCAGCUUUUGAACAAAAAAGUGUGCCAUCUGGCAAGGGCUACUUGCGCUUUACGCCUCAGCCAAAAUAAAGAAGCUGCUUUCGUUCUUUUUUAUGGCUGGCUCUCAGUGUAUCUCACAACAUUGUUGCAUAGCAACAAUAACUUACUUGAUUACAGCAUUACGCAUCUUUGUUGAUAUGGAUGUUUAUUUUCGUUUGUCUUUGCUUUGGCUUUGAAUAAAUUUUUUUUAAUCUUUAAAUUUCUGAAUUUAGUGAAAGAGAAUUCAAAGCUAGAAUAAUUUUAACAUUUUUAAAAUUUAACAAAACACAAAAGUGAGUUGACACAAUGUUUUGUUUUGCUUUUAGUUAAAAUGUUGGUGGCAUUGCUUACAUGUUCAUUUUUAUUCUUUGUGCAUAGAUGAUGUAUGAAGACAAAUAUUUACCUUUACUCCUCUUUUUGCAAUUAUUUUUGUUUAAUAUAUUUCUUUUGGACCUAUUUGAAAGCUUGUAAAACAGUUUUCUGCUAUAAAUUCUUUCUGGUUUUGUUUGUGGCAUUUCUAAACUCAAAUGUUAGUGAGCAUCAUUUGAAAAGUUUACAUGCAUUCUAUACUAUCUACUUACAUGUGUCCAGAUGGUGUAGAGGCCUUUUCUUGCUAGAGACAUUCCAUUUUGUUUCAUUUAUUUUUUUUUCCCAAGAAUCCAAUUGUUUGCUUGAUGCUAAUCAGUUGCUUCAGGAAUACAUUUUAUGCAUACAAAGAAGAAAGUCAUUUUAAUAAAGUCCACUACUCUGCCUUCAAUGACUUCUUGAUAAACAAUAUUGUUAAAAUUAAAUUGCCUGAUAUUCCAAAUUAACAGUUAUCAGCUUAGUGAAAUUAUAAGCAAUAAUUUUUUUUCUUAUCAUUUGUUUGGCAUAUCUGGCCAAUUUCCGUUCAGAAAAGAGAUACAUACGGUAAAGAAGUUGAGGCUGUGAAGUACUUAAUGUUUAUAGUUGAAUAAUGUACUACCUGUUCCCAAUAUCUGUAGUUUAUCAGGUAAUAGAUUUUAAGGUCAAUUUAAAGGCCAUAGAUUUUUUUUUUUUUUUGUGCCAUGUGAAAGAUACUGAUCUCAGAAUGGAGUAACAGGUAUUCUUCCCUUUGAAUGAUCAUCCAAUGUCUUUCUUACGCCACAAAAAAUUUAAGAAAGGAGGAAAUCCAUGUAAUAACCUAGAGCUUAAUCUCCCAUUUUAUUAUCUGAGCAAAGCAGAGUUUGCUUUAUAAGCAAGGUGUCAAGUCAUUAGUAUCACUAAUUAGUCCAACAUUCAUUCAUUAUUAUUUUUCAUGAUUGUCUGUGAUCUGAGAUAUUGAAUAUGGAGAAUAAAAAAUAUUUUUUGAAAUUAUUUUUGUAUUUAUCUAAACAGAAUAAAGCUUCAUUACAUCA